AUGGUACGUUUGCGCAUGCUCUUUGCGAAUUUCCUGGCCUCUUCAUGCCCGGGGCACCGCGAAGAUCCCUGCAGACCCAAAGAGCUAACAUAUAGCGCCCAACAGCCUCACGCCGACUCCUCUUAUUUCAUGCCGGAUAGCUCCAAGGCCGACAUAUACGAACAGCUCCUGCUGUCGACACAAGGUCUUCUGGAUGGCCAGCGGAAUUGGGUGAGCAACCUAUCCAACGUCGCUUCCCUCCUUUGGCACGCAUAUGCCUCCCUUCCCGCACCCUCCUCAUCCGUCAACUGGGCAGGAUUCUACAUCCGUGAUGACAAAUUCCCAGCCCUUGCCUCCCCAGUCUCCUCGCCGCCAAUCCCUGGUGCACACAGCUCCGGUGGUGUGAUCAUCUCGACUACAUACUCUUCCUCGGAGGAUCACCUCCUUCUCCUCGGGCCAUUCCACGGAAAGCCCGCAUGCCAGGAGAUUCGCUUCGGCAAAGGUGUUUGUGGUACUGCUGCCGCGAAGCAGGAAACUGUUAUUGUUCCUGAUGUUCUGACCUUCCCUGGGCACAUUGCAUGCGACGCGGAGAGUCGCAGUGAGAUUGUCGUGCCUAUCUUGGUUAAUGGAGAGACUGUCGCGAUUAUUGACAUCGACUGCACCGAGCCUUCUGGGUUUGACGAUGUGGACAAGGAGUACCUUGAGAAAUUGGCCACCUUCUUGGCUGAGAACUGCGACUGGUAA